UAAACGCGCUCUAAGCGGUAACGAUGACACCUGCCAUGCUACUUAUUUGUCUUGGCUGCUUUAUCCGUAAUGGUCAUGCUGCUUCAGAAAUACCACAUUCUGGCAUUUACAUAACAAUAUCCUCAUACAGCGGAUUUUGGAGUUAUGGACACUUCGAGAUGAACUGGUUUGGAAUUCCGGAACAAUACUUGGGACUGACGUACGCCGUGCUGUCAACGAAGAAGCUACCACGCGUGCAUUCUGACGUUCUCUCCAUCUCACCUAUUCUGCGACCUACCGACAGAUUUACGACAAGUGUUCCAGCGCCUAGCUUUAAUGUCAGCACUUUGAUGAGGGGAGAAUGUCUCGGCUAUUGGGCUGUCGUACUCGAAGAAUCGUAUAUGCCUUGGGAGCCAGUCGUGUUGUAUUCUUCGUGCUUCACUCCUAAGCCUCGGUGGAUGCGACAGAAUUGUUGCAAGCUUUCAACUCUCAGUCUUUUGGACAUGCUCAUUCCUGGUACGCACAAUUCUGGCAUGUACAACCAAAUGUACACGCAUCCGCACGAAGAGUACCUGUAUAACCAGGACCAAACCAUUGCGCAGCAGCUCGCAUACGGCAUUCGUAGCCUGGAUCUGAGGGUGCAGUACUCGGGCGGCGACUUUUACGUCACCCACAGCAGAACAGCAGGAUGGCCCACCAUACGACAAGUUCUGAAGGAAGUUCGCGAAUUCGUGGAAGCUACCGGCGAACUUGUGCUUCUAGAUUUUCACAGGUUCACGACCGGUUUUGACGAAGGGCACGAUAACGUUACUGCGCGACAUUUGGAACUUGUGAAGCUAAUUGUUACCGAGUUGCAUGACGUUCUUCUGGAGGGUUACGCUUACGUGAUGAAGUUGGACAUGAUCUUGGAUGAAUGCAAGAACGAAACAAGAUUGGAUGGCCACGUGAUAGUAUUUUAUAAUUAUGAACAAUAUAAGGGACCAUAUAAAAGUUAUUUGGGACCCGCUGUCGAGCACAGAUGGCCCAAUGCGCAAAGCCAAGAUGCUCUUAUGAAAUAUUUGAGAGAUAAAGCAUGCGUACGUGGAAGUGGCAGUAAUCUGAUUUCGAUAAUGGCAGAACUCACGCCCAAAUUUCCAUAUCUUAUUAUUGGAAACCGCCGUGCAGCAGAGUGGGUAAACCACGACGUUACGAAAUAUUUUAGGCGAGAAGGACCAAACUGUUCUGGUAUUAUUGCCACGGAUUACUUCUUAGGUAAUGGGAUAAUUGAGGUAGCCAUUAAGGCUAACCUAGAGAAAGGAUCUGAAAGAGCAUUCUUGUAUCAAUAUAAUCCUCAUAAGUACUGUAGCGUAGGUGACACCACAUAGAUGUUUCGUGGAGGAAGCUCCGUGUUACUGGUAUUGUCAAGAUGAAAGCUAACCCUCUUUGGCUGCUAUCGCGCGCGCUCUGGUUCAGAGUCAAAGCCAAAUAAAAAAAAAGAACGAGAAAUAAAUAUUUUGUCUGAAUACCUGAA